UUAAACCAUGAAGGCAGUUUUCCUGGCAGCAUUGGUCUUUUUGGUCAAGACGGCUGCAUUGAGUACAAAUCAUUCUCAAGUGAAUCGGGCUUGCUAUUCCUUCACCAAGCCCGGGGAUGUGAGUACUGGGUGGGCUGCUCACAAUAACCGCUGCCAAAGUGCAGGGACUGUGCUCUAACAAGGUUCGUUCCAACGCGCUGAUCAGGACAGCACUAGCCAUGGAGUUUGCCGUGGAGGAGAUCAACAGCCGGCGCGACCUGUUGCCCAACGUCACCCUGGGAUUCGACCUGAGGGACGACUGCUACUCUGACGAACUCUCCCUCUGGCAAGGACUGACCUUGGUCAGUCCGGGCAGCCCCGGCGCCUUCAAGGGUCUCUGCUCAAUGAACGCGCCCCGUGUCAGCCAACUGGUCGGCCUGGUGGGUACCGGCUUCAGCCAGACCAGCAUUCAGGCCAGCCGGCUCGGUCAACUGUUUGAUGUGCCGGUGGUGUCCUACGGAGCGCACAGCGACGAGUUCAGCGACCGGGAGAUGUACGCCAACUUCCUGAUGACCUCCACGCCGGACAGGCUGCGAGUGGAGGCCAUCCUAGACAUUCUGGAGCACUUUGGUUGGGACUACGUCGCAUUACUCUACUCCACUGACAGCGAUGGCCUUCACGGUGCCAUGCAGUUCGAAGCCAUGGCCGGCAAACGAAACGUAUGCCUGGCGAUGUCCUCGCACGUGCGGUUCUCCAUGUCCAAAGAGCACCACGACGACAUAGUAGCCAAGAUAUUGGCGAGUGACAAAGCCACCGUCAUCGUGACCUUCUUGAGUCGCACCGACGCCCUGACUGUCUUACAGACGUUUAAGGAGUCGGGCUUGACUCAUCGCUACAUCUGGCUUACAGCUAAGGUAUGGGAAAAUGUACUGAACAAGAAAGACCUCGGGGAUGUCAUCAGCGGGGGAAUCAUUCUUAAAGCCACCCAGGAACCGGUGCCUGAGUUCGAUAGAUACGUCACGUCUGUCUCCGAGAAACCAUGGGACGAUCUCAGCGAAUGGUUGCAGGAGGCACUCUGUAUACAUCAGGACUACACGAACUGUACCAAGAUUCGGAAACUCUUCCAGAGAGCGGAAAAACGAGGCGCAGAAACGCCCACCGUGAAUGCUGUCAGGGCCCUUGCCCAGGCCUUGCACGCUUACAUCCAGGAAGAUUGCGCCGGUACCCCUGACUGCAUUUCUAAGGAGGGUAUCACCAGAAGCCGUUUGCUGUCCCACCUGAAGAAUGUAACCUUUCCGGCCCCUGGGGGAAAUUUUUCCUUCAAUGACUACGGAGACGGCGGAGGAGCGUACACGAUUUAUAAUUUUUAUGAAGUCGACGGCAAGUACAGCAUGGUGGAGGUUGGACGGUGGAGCUCGCCAACGCACGUGCUUCUCCUGAACGAAACCCAGAUGCGCUGGCAGAACGGAAGCAAGGAGAUUCCUCGGUCCAGCUGUCGAGAGGACUGCCGGGCCGGUUCGUAUCCAGUACCGAUGGGAAGGUGCUGUAAUGGAUGCCAGUCGUGUCGGAAGAGCACCAUCGUGAACGGCAGUCGCUGCGUGAGGUGUGGGCCAACCGAAUGGCCUGACUCGUCCCGCACCCGAUGCCGUCCAAUCGCCCCGACACCUCUAGACUACAGCCACCACGUGGUCAUUCUGCUGCUGGCCCUGUCGGGCCUGGGCGCGGCCCUCUGCUGUCUUACCACGGCUCUGGGUGUGGCCUUCCGGUGUCACGCCCUGGUCAAGGCCUCCAGCCGCGAGCUGAGCGGUGUCAACGUCUUGGGGCUGACCUUGGCCUUCGUGACGGGCGGCCUGGCGCUCCUUCCGCCGGGCCCCGCCGCCUGCAUCGCCGCAGAGGUCGGGUUCGCGUUCAGCCUGACCCUCAACUUCUCCACAACUCUGCUGAAGGUGGUCCGAAUAUACCGGAUUUUCAAGGCGGGCCAGCGGUCCGUCAAGCGGCCACGGUUCGUCUCACCGAAAGCUCAGAUAGUAAUGGUCACCAUAAUUGUGCUCAUCCAGGGCCUGAUAGCCACAGUGUCCAUGAGCGUCAGCCCCACCAAGCCGCAGACGCUAUCCAGAGUGAUUACUGGCAGCGUGAAUGAGGUAGAGAUCUACUGCCAGUUCGGUGCAGACUUCUACGCCACCGGACUUUACAACCCGCUGCUGAUCCUGGCCUGCUGUUACUACGCCAUCAAGGCCCGCAAGGUGCCCAGCAACUACAACGAGUCCAAGUUCAUCGCGGUCAGUGUCUACUCCACGCUGGUGCUGUGCCUGGCCGCCGUGCCCGUCUACACCACGGCCGUGGCGGUCCUGCAGAAGGUGGCCACUCUCUGUCUGGCGCUCCUGCUCAACGCCUACCUGACGCUGGUCUGCGUUUACCUGCCCAAGCUCUACGCCAUCCUCUUUGUCAAGGAGGGCGGGCUGGCCCUCGCGGCUUGGAACACGCCCUGCUCCCAGGCACCCGCGGCAUCCCUUCAUCGGGACGCGCGCCUCUUGGAUACAAGUAAGGUUCAUCCUCUGCCGUCCUCUGACUCGACUGCCCUGCCCAGUGUUUCUCACUCCUGUAAUUAA